UAUAAGAGCAAACCCUAGUGUUCACUCCCUCGGCCUCAUCUUUUUAUCAAACUAUUCGCCGUUCGCUCCUCCGUCGUCGUCGAAGUCGAAGUCGAGGUCAUCAUGGCGCCCAAGAAGGAUAAGGUUCCGCCGCCAUCAUCGAAGCCGGCGAAAUCCGGAGGUGGAAAGCAGAAGAAGAAGAAGUGGAGCAAGGGAAAGCAAAAGGAGAAGGUGAACAACAUGGUGUUGUUUGAUCAAGCUACUUAUGACAAGCUUCUCACUGAAGCUCCCAAGUUCAAGCUCAUCACCCCUUCCAUCCUCUCUGACCGUAUGAGGAUAAAUGGUUCUCUAGCGAGGAGGGCGAUUAGGGAGCUAAUGGCCAAAGGUGUGAUCAGGAUGGUCGCUGCUCACUCGAGCCAGCAGAUCUACACUCGUGCCACCAACACCUAAGAUGCCUGUUUCUUGAUCUUCCUUGGGCUUCAUUGUUUUUUCUUACCUCUUGUUUUGAUUCGUCAGAAACUCGUUAGAAUCUUUGUUUCGUACUCUGUUUUUGAGAUAUAUGGCUAUUUAAAACCGCAGUAAGACUUCUAAAAUCCAGCCGAACCUGUGCUC